AGGUAAGUUCACAGGACAGUUCGAAGCUCCUCAUAGGUGAUAGGCAGCUUUCGAGGACUCGGCCCGAGUUUCGCCUACCCAUGGAACCGUCACCGCCGCCUGAAAAGGCUAAGCGGAAACUACUCGGUGUCAUCAAGGUCAUCGAUAGUCGGGAACGAGAUCGGAGUGUCCCAGCGCCAUGGGCUUAUCGUUGGUCAUGGAGGAUCUUCGUAGUAUGUGCGGUCGUCUAUUCUUACUACGUGAUGAUCGGACGACUUUGCGCACCGAUGUUACAACGAAGGUCUGACGCUCGAGGUUCCGUCGGUCAAGGAGCGGGACUGUUGAUAGGCGAGACGAUCCUCUUCCUGAUGUUCUGCUGGACGUACCUCAAAGCAAUAUCUACGUCACCAGGGAUCGCACCCGAAGUCAUACCACGGAGCGAACCUCCACCGACAUACCACCCAGACCAACAACCUUCCACUAACGCAUCUUCUGCCAACCAUCACAACCAUCUUUCCGACGAUACCGAAGAUGACCUCAACCUGGCGGGAAACGCUGGACCGCUAGACGGUGGUCGAAACCUCUUGCCCGCCGAAUUUAGUUUACCGGGGUUCAUGGAUUCUUCGGCAUCUGCAUCUGCAUCUCCUCCUUUUGCCAGCUACGGGACGCAAAGAGGUGGUAACGGAAAUGGUAUUGCAGAGGCGGAGGGGAAUCGAGAUACAGGGCGGAUCUCAUCGUCGUUAAAUCUAGGAUAUGGAUACGGGAAUGGCAACGAGAUGAACCUGGUCGGAUCUAGGGAGAGUGGGAUCCCGUUGACGUCUCCUGGGCAACAUCGACAAGGACAGGGACAGGGACAGGAACAAGGGCAACGUUCCGGACAGACGAACUAUACGCAUACGGUAUGGGGCGACGGAAAUCCGACCGAGACCGAUCAGAGCCGGACGGACCUCCCACAAGCACAGGGAGAACCAGGAUCACAGGCCCAAUUCCAAGAUCAGGCUCCUUCCCGACCGUUCCCGCCGGACCAGAAGGAACAGGCCUAUUGCUCGUACUGUCAGAUCUAUAAACCUUGGCGGAGUCAUCAUUGUCGAGUCUGUGGGGUGUGCGUUCUGGGCAUGGAUCACGAUUGUCCCUGGGUAGGUUGUAUCGGAUGGAGGAACCACAAGUUCUUCAUCAACUUCUUGACGUGGUCGACGAUAUAUACUAUAUACGUCUUCGUGGUCCUCGUCUGUAAGCUGUCCCAAGGCGGGUCAGCAGAUGGGCAGAUGAUCGGGAUCGCGGCAUUGUCCGGCUUCUUUACGCUGUUCACAGCAUCGAUGCUCUUGUCCCACAUGCAACUCAUCGCGGUCGGGAUGACGACGAUCGAGUCUUUCUCCAUGCGAUCGCAACUGGAUCGCGAAAGAGCCUUCCUAACUCGGCAAUUCGGGGUCUGCGGGUGGACGCGAAAACGAAAGGCCAUGAAGACAUGGGGAAGAGAAUGGGGGGAUCUGAAAGAUGAAGGGAAUCGAUGGUUCUUGGGUCCGGGUCCGUAUGACGAGUGGAAGCGGGUCAUGGGAGAUAGCCCCGUCGGGUGGAUUCUACCCGUAGGUCGGUCCAAGGGGGACGGUAUACAUUUCCCUCAGAACCCGCGUUUCGCACCGGAUGGGACAAGGCGGAGACGGCAAGACUGGCCGGCAGAGCUGCAGUAACAGGAAUCGGACGGUUUAUCAGGACAACAAGUGCACACAGGCGAUCCUUGCUGGUUUCGAUUUGUAUAGACCACUCAUACCAUAACUUGAAGCAUCUCAUAACUCAAUGCAUCUCAUAGUGUAAUGCAACUGUUGGCAAGACCAAUGC